AUGGACGGCAUCUCCGUGGCCAGCGGAGUUGCUGGCCUCAUCACUCUAGGUUUGCAGGUCAGCGGUACAAUAGCCAUCUAUGUCAACUCUAUCAAGGAACGAGACAAGAAUAUUCGCGAAUUACAUGAUGAGCUCCUACUCCUAGGAGAAGUCUUAAGUGGCUUGAGAGACUUUCUCGUCAGCGAGAAGGCCAAAGGUCGGUCUUUCGACACAAAUUCCGUUCUCCAGACUGCUAUACGAGACUGUCGCACCAGGAUAGAACGCAUAGGUGACAAAUUGAAGCCCUCCGACGGAGGCAAAGUUUCUCGGGCACUGGAUAAGCUGAAAUGGCCUUUUGAGCAGCGGGAAGUCACGCAAAUGACUGAAAAUCUACGACGUUUCGUGCAAACCUUCCAAUUUGCCUUUACCAUCGAGGGAUGCAACCUGCUCUCCAAAACAUCCGAAGAUGCUUCUAAAGGUCUCCAACAGAUGCUGGAAACCUCGAAGAAGAUUAGCGAGCUGUCGGCUCAGAUGGGACUGUCUGCUGAUGAAUCCUUCAAACGUGCCGCUCAGCUAGAGCAGAUCAUUGCUUUAGUUCCGCUAUUGAACAAGACUGCUGCCAAUGUCAAUGAAUUGACGCAUGCAGCAAGACUAUCUGAGCUAAGAGAGCAAGAGCGACGGACUACAGACAUUCUUGACUGGCUUGCACCCGUCUCCGUGCUGCACAAGCACCGUGACUUGCAACUGAAGCGGACGCCAGGAACAGGCAAGUGGCUCCUUGAGAACCCACAGUUCUUAGACUGGAUGAAUAGCAGUCUUGACGAACACGACUGCCUGUGUAUUGGUGGACCUGGCGUUGGCAAGUCAGUGCUUUGCAGUACAGUGGUCGACCACCUGCGAACAACUUAUAAAAACGAGGACGUUGCUAUAGCAUUCUAUUACUAUGACUAUUCGGAACAGCAAUCUCAAAGUCCUUCCAACUUUGCAAGGGCACUUUUACGCCAACUCUGCUCUUCGGGCCAUACUGUCCCAACAUCCGUUGCUGAAUUCUAUCAACGUUCCAGAAAUGAUGUCAAAGAUCAAACAUGGUUUAACGACCUCUUGUCUAUUUUACGCCGAGUUAUAUCAACAUACAGUCGAUGCUUCAUCGUCAUUGACGCCCUCGACGAAGCCGACGCGCAAAGUCAGCGGAAUGGCUUUAUCGAUAUCCUGGACGCCAUCAGAGGCCCUGCAAAUUCGUUGCGGGUACUAGCGACUUCUAGACCCCAUGCGCUCAGCAACGUUGACAAAUUUCAUAACCCUAUCAUGCUUGAUAUUGUUGCAGAUCCCACAGACCUUCGCCAAUACUUAAAUCAGGCCAUUAGUGAACACCCAGAUUCGGAAUACACCAUGGAUCCUGAAUUGAAGGAGCAGGUAGUGCACACCCUAUGCAGUAAUGCAAAUGGCAUGUUUCUGCUCCCGGCCCUCCAGAUCCGAACCAUCCUUGACCAAAUCACGAAAGCUGACGUGAAGAGAACAUUGCGUAAUUUAUCGACGAGCUUGACAGCAGCAUUUCAUUCUACAAUUCAGAGGAUAUCGGGUCUGUCGGCAACAAGGCGCGAACUGGCGUUCAGGACGUUGAUGUGGAUAUCUCAUGCACGAAGGCCUUUGGACGUGCGGGAACUACAGCACGCGAUGGCAACCAGGCUAGAAGACACGGAUGUUGAUCACGACAAUAUUCCGUCGCUCAGGACUCUCUUAGAUUGUUGCUGCGGACUUGUUGAAGUCGACUACGCAAGCAACAUCAUCCGUCUUGUGCAUCAUUCUCUUGAGGAGUAUCUUCGUGACCAAGACCACGGCUUGUUCAAGGACGCCAAUACUCUGAUCACCAAGGCGUGUCUCAGGUACUUGACGUUCAGUUCGGCCAGAACUCUCCCUCUCCAGAAUCGAAAUGCGUUUUCUGCCUUAAUGGAGGAUUUGGCAUUCCUAGAAUAUGCUGCAAGCGAAUGGGGUUAUCAUGCAUUUGGAGUGCCCGCCAUAGAAAUUGAAGACUUUGCCAUUCCAGCACUCACAAGUUCCGAAACGCUUUUCACAAUUGCCAGAGCACGAGACUUUCACAAUCUUGACUUCCGAAAAUGGAUGACGAAGGCAUUGGCCUGGGCUCAAUCAGGCGGUGGUGGUGUUUCUCUCUGUGCUGAAUUUGGCUUGACCGAGCUGCUCAAGACGCUGAUCGACAAGUUCCCCGAGCAGAGCCAUCUGAAUGCCAGAAACAUCUAUGGGAGCACUCCCCUCCAUGAAGCUGCCUUACAUGGGCAUGAAGAUACUGCCAAAGUGCUCAUCGACUAUGGCUCUGAUGUUCUGGACACGAAUUAUGGGAACAGCACGCCGCUGUACCUAGCCGCGUCGUACGCUCAAUCCUCCAUGGUCAAAUUUCUUCUUAGCUAUGGACGAGAACAACUAGACAUCCCAGGCCCCCGAGGUUCUACACCUUUACAUAAAGCAGUUGGGCAGGGGAGUCUGGAAAUCGUCCAGGUUAUGCUAGAGGCAGGGGCAUUGGUUGCAGCGCACGAUGCUCAGGGUUGCACUCCGCUCCAUAUAGCUGCGAAACGUGGCUACCACUCCGUCGCAAAGGUAUUAGUAAGUGCCGGAGCAUUUGUUCAUGUUAAGGAUAAGGAAAAUCUCUGCCCACUCGACUAUGCAGCCACUGGCGGAUAUGCAGAACUUGUUGGGUUUCUGGCAGACAAUGGCGGAAGUAUCAAGCACAAAGGAAGAGAAAUGUGGACUCCGCUGCAUCGAGCCGCUCGAGGGGGACAUCGGAGGUCGGUGGAUCUCUUACUGGAUCGCGGUGCCCACGUGCUCGCAGAGGACUUCAGAGGUCAAAUACCUUUGCACCUUGCCGUACGAUCGGGAAGCAUGGAAACAGUGGUGGCCCUCCUAACGCAUCAACCUGGUUUGCUGCGUAAGCAGUUAUUCACUAAAGACCGCAAGAGCUCCACUCCACGGGAAGUCGCUUUUUACACGGCCCACUACGACAUACACAAGCAUCUCCGAGCAGCAGAAUGGUCGACGCUAGGAAUUCAACCCAGCAGCUCCAGCAUGAUCACAACGGCCAUUGAAGCCGGUGAUAUCGAUCGAGUCCGCGAGCUCCUUCAGAAGGACCCAAGCGCCAUAAACACCCCGGACGAAGACGGUCAGCCACUUCUGCACGCCGCCGUCCAAGAGAAGAAGCGAGACAUCGUGGAGCUCCUUCUCCAAACCGGGGCGUCCAUUGAAGCCAAGGGGUAUCACGGAUGGCACGCACUGCACAUAGCCGCUUCUCUCGGCAGUCUCGACCUCGUGGACACAUGUCUCGAACACAAUGCAGACGUCUCCCAACGAACAAACACCGACCAGACGGCACUCCACAAAGCAGCGUCGACCCAGUCCCUCGCCGUCGUGAGGAGACUCCUGGAGGCAGGCGCCGACCCAAUGGCCCAGAACGAGCGAGGCAUGACUGCCCUCCACAUCGCAGCGCAUCAAAACCGAAUGGAGAUCGUGAGCCUGCUCACCUCCGAAUACGGCGUGGAUGUCCUGGCGCGAGAUCGGCAGGGCCUGACUGCCGCCAUGUGGGCGGAGCGCUCGGCGCAUCUCGAGGUCACCUCCUUCCUGCACAAGGAGAUGAGGAAGGCCAAAGUCUUGAAGAAGCACAUCACUCCAGACUUGUUGUCGGGUGCUAUGACUAGUGCUAGUGCUAGUGCCAGUGCCACCGCUCCAACUGCAUCAUCGGCCGAGGCUCAAAUGACUCCAUUGCUGCAGGUGUGA